UAUAGUAGGAGAAAAGGGGAAACACAAGUAAGAAAAAUCCUUAUUCCCAUAAUUCCUCCACCACUAAAAACACUCUUUUUAGGGUUUUAGCACCACCACCGCCACCGUCGCAUGCCCUACCACGACUAGAAAGGCCAAUACAAAUGGGUGGCGCCACCCGUAUUCUUACACUCCUCUCACCCUCCCCUCUCCUCCUCCACCGCCAUCGCUACCAUUCCCUUAUCCGGCUCCGCCGCCUUCACAACCACCAACGACUGCAGUCAAUAUCUUCUCUAUCUCACUUGGCUCCACCACCGCUCUCGUCCUCACCCGACGCCUUAGUCAAAACCAAAUCUUUUAAAGUCAGAUGCUCCCAGCAGCACCAACUCCACACUCAGACAGUCUCGUCAGUCCAUCCAGCUUCCUCUGCUCCUUCUUCAACUUCUCCUCCUUGGCCGGAGUGGUCGCAAUUCCUUGACAUCCUUUCUUACAACGGUUACUUCACCAGUCCCCGGGAUUUUGAUUUCACGAUCGACCCCAAUUUCCCAGAGGAGUUCUCGCGGGUGGCCUUGGCGUGCUUGGCAUUCGCCCGGCAUCGACCGAGUUUAUUAUGGAUGCUUUCGAGAAAAGAUAUCCAGGUUGUAGUUGAAAACGUGAUGCCACAUUUGUUCAAAAAUGGCGAUGAAUCUGUGAGGAGGAUGAGGUUGUUCUUGGAGAGCAAUGAAAACGAUGGUUUGAGUGCUGAUAUAGCGCACACAGUUGAUCUGAUGAAGUUCUUAUUGAGUUAUGCAAGCAAUUUUCUUGUUUCUUCUGAGAAGAACAAUCUCCACGACAAGCAAGUUGAGUCAUCUGUUAGGAAUCUAUUGGGUGAGUUUGCCAAAUUGAGCUAUUGUGCUCCACAGUCAAACCAUUCAGGGCUGCAAAAUCAGUUUCCAGAAAGAUCUGAACCAACACCAAGGCGUUUCACACAAAAUAUUGAAAUGAAAAGAGGUGAUUGGAUUUGCACAAGGUGUAGUUUCCUGAACUUUGCGAGAAAUAUGAAAUGUUUGGAGUGUGAGGAGGCACGGCCAAAGGCAAAGUUGACUGGUGGAGAGUGGGAAUGUCCUCAGUGUGCUUUCUGUAAUUUUGGAAGGAACAUGGUAUGUUUGAGGUGUGACUGCAAACGGCCUGGAGAGGUCUCAUUUGGUAGUACCAAUCCUAGGCCAACAGCAGGUCUUGGCAGUGAGAGCAAUAAUUAUAACGUAGAUCUCGAUAGCAGGUUGGCUGUGAAUGAAGAGAAGGCACAACGGUGGUUUAGCAAGGUGUCUCAGGUUGACAGCACUUCAGACAUGAGCAGUGCCGUAACAGAUGAAGAUUUUCCUGAAAUUAUGCCAUUGAGGAAAGGGGUGAACAGAUUUGUUGUCAGCACUAGGAAAACGCCCUUGGAGCGGCGAUUAGAAGAUGCUCAAUAUCGAAGAAACUUGGGUAAUGAGGGCAUUCAUGAAGGUGAUGAUCUCCAAACUGGGGGUACAAAUAAGAACCUGGACCAAACAUUUGGCCGAAGGUUGGAUGAUAUUCUUGGUCGUGCAUCUUCUGUUUCUGCAUCUGAUGAUAAGCGCUUCAGUUCUAGACAAAAUACUGGCCCAAUCACUUCACGUAAUUCAGAUUCAUCCAAGUAUGGACAGUCAACAGGAAGCAAUUCUGAUUAUGUUCCACCUGCGCCAUCACCCGUGGAUAGGUUUGUCGCGAGUCCUAAGAAUUCUAAGAUGGAGGAGGGAUUAGAGGAAGAAACAAAACCUUCCAAAUAUGUGGCUUCACAGGUAGAUGAGCAGACUGGUGCUGUUCCUUGGAGCACCGAGUAUAAUGAGUCUGAGAAGCCGAUUAACCAGACUGAAAGCAAUGACCAAGAAGCUGAAAAAUCUGAUAGAUGGUUCAAGAAACUUGCAGAACUGCACAAUGUUAAAGAUAUUCCCAGUGCCGUUUCAGAUGAGGAUUUUCCUGAGAAAAUGCCGAUGCGCAAAGGGGAAAACCGCUUUGUCCUAAGCAAGAACAAAGAUCGUUCUUUGACUUCUCCAAUGAUCAAGAGACGCAUGGCCAUGGAGCAAGCAAACAACACCAAUUAUGUCCCUUUUGUCCCCUUCCCGCCUGGCUACUUUGAUAAGAAGGAUAAUCAGCAGACCAACGGGCCUUCAUCGGGUGAAACCACCGGGGCCUCUACAAUUUCUGCAGCUCCAGAAAUGCCCAAAGAGAGAGUUGAUUAUUCUAAACCACAGGUGCUUGAUAUAGAUACUUCACGACAGACUGCAAGUCAACAGUCCAGCGCAGAAAGCUGGAUUUCAAGACCUUCAGGUGGGAAGCCAAAUGAGGUCAGGACAGGGGAUCCUUAUCAGAGAACUAGCUGGAAUCCAACCCAGAAUACUGUAAAUCCUCAGAAUACAGCAAGUGAUAGUUCGAGUAGUGGAUAUCCUAGAAAUGGGGAUACCAGUAGGACAACUUUGACAGGGAAUUCACCUCAAUCAUCGAAUACUCAGAAUGUCAGAGAGAGCUGGACUGGAAAGAGCUUGGAGGGCUCAGCAGUUAAAGAACCGGAUCCCUUGGAUAUGUCAGAGGAGGCGAAGGCAGAGAGAUGGUUCCGGCGUGUUGCCCAGAUCAAGGACAUUUCUGAGUUGAGCCAAAUUCCUGAUGAAGAUUUCCCAUCAAUAAUGCCAAUGCGGAAAGGUGUUAAUAGAUUUGUUGUAAGCAAGAGGAAGACACCAUUGGAGAGGCGAUUGACCUCUACACAAUACAGGAAAAAUCUCCCAAUCAUUAGCUCUGAUCCAUUAAAGAAGGGAAGUGAUGAUAGCUCGUAGAAUGCUUUAUACUUGACCAAGCUUUUGUUCAUCAUCAACUACCAGACUUAAGAAGUUGGUAUAUGCUUUUUCUUAUAUUAUUACAUUGUGUAUGGUGUCUAUAAAGGAUAUUAUAUAAUAUUUUGUGUUCCUUUUUGAGAUAUUUGUUGUCACAUUGUUAUGACCUUGUAACCUUGAUUCCUUAAGAAUAACUAGACAAUUUCUCAGGAGCCAAGAAGUUGGUCUUGAUUGAUGAUUUUGUGGUUGCUCAAUAUAUUGAAUACAUGAUGCAUGAAGAUUGAAGCACGCA